GGGGGGACGAGAGAAAAAACCAAGUGCCUAUAUUGCUUCCAUUAUAUUGAUUAAAUUAUACUUUAAAUAUUUCUUAUAGAUUCGCGUCAUGUCCUCAGAGCAGGUUUCUCUUAGGAUGUCAAGGCAAACAGUAUUGGCGAUGAGGAAGAAGAUGAGGUUGAACACUUACCGAACAUUUAUAACAUCACACAUAAACUCAUUCAUGGGUAAGGAAGAUAAUGUUGUAUUGGCAGAUGCAUUAAAUCUUCUUUCACCAAAUGAAAAUGAAAAACCACAAAAUUCCAGACUUGGAGAUACAUCUGCGUCAGUAACAUCCAAUUAUCGACCAUCUUUACUUUCCAACUUGAGAGGAUCGGAAACUGGUCCUGAUGAGUUGGUUUCUGAACCAGGAUUAGGUAAAUAUUUUAAGGGCCUUGAGCUACUUGAAUCUCAUAAGAAUCAAACAUCCGUUCAAGAACACUUAGAUCAUUUACUUGCAGGCAUCAAUUUUGUUUCUCAACCCAAUUCCAAUGAAAAAUCAAGUUACGAACUUUUAAACACAUCUCCCAAAGAAUUACUGAGUUAUAUAAGAAGACUUUCCACUGAGCAGUCAAUUAUUCAAGUUUUUGAAACUUUUUAUUAUCAAAAUGCAUUAACUCCUAAAAUUACCAUGGAUUUAUUUUUGAAUAAAAAUGUGGUUGAUUUAAAUAAAUUCCCCAUCAAGUUAAAUAAAAUAUCAUCAGAUGAUGUAUGUUUUAAGUCAUGGACACACUUGGAUUUUCUUCAUGUCAAUAUUGUGUUAUUGAAAAAAUUCCAUGAUCUUAAACAACCACUACAAAUCAUUAAAAAUUUACAAGAAAAUUUUGAACUUCAAUAUUUGCCAAGUAUAAAGACAGGUACUUUAACUCCAUUUUAUGAACGGAUUGUAUGGAAAUUUUAUUUUGAUUACCUUCUGCUGCUUGAAGCAAACCAGGAGAAAUCGGAAGAAUUCUACAUCAAAAGUCUCAAUAGACUCAAUAGUACGUUUCUUAUUUGGGAAUCUUCAAUAAGAAGAAGUACAGAAAUUGUUCAAUUUGCAUUAGAUCAUCAUAAACGGGAAUUGAAUCCAUUACAACUGGCAUUUCUUAAACUAGUCGGUAGUCGUUUAACUCGGGAUGUAAUUGAUCAAGAAUUAGCUGCAAGCUCACCAUUAAAUCCCAAAUCUCGUACUCUUUCAAAAUUAAAGCAAAUGUCCAUUAAAUAUAAAAUUUAUGGAUUCCCCAAUAUCACUAGUAAUGAAUCACUUUCUAUUGAAACAAGAUCAGUAUUAUACUUGUUUAUUAAUGCCAUGGAAUCGAUAAUUCUUGAUGAAUUUGUGACUCGUGAAGGAUUACUGGAAGCUGAUUCUGUAUUGGAAAUCAUGCAAUUAUUCAAAGACAUUAAAAUGUAUAAAGAAACAGAGUUGAUGAAUAUUAAACCUGGUGAGAGUAAUGAUGGAGGUGAUUGGACAAAAUUAUUUGUAGCAGUUGAAAAAUUGAGAAAGAUAUAAGAAAGAUCAGCCAUUAAUAGAUAUUUUAUAAUUAUAAAGAUUUACAAUUUUACGA